AAGUCAAUUUACAUCAUUUCCGGUGACGAUAACCCUGAUUGUGCACUCGUGUUUUCAGCUUCAGAACGACAUGAGAUUUAACGAUCUUCAAGCUAGUUAUCAUGAACAGCUAUAGGACGGUUACAUUGGCUUGUAAUAAUGAUGUUAUAAGGACAUGUAAAGUGGUAAUUCGCUCAGGGAAAACGGGCAGUAUUUGUCACAUAUCGAAGGGAGUAGCAUCCUUGCUUACCCGAGCACAUGCUUCUGCCCCGAGACGAGAGGAACCACCACCAGUGUCUGACUCUGACAAGAGACCGAAUCUGAGAGCCAUCGACCUUGCACGCAAAAUUCGCCAGGAGAAACAGAAAGGAAAUGCAACUGGUGGUGGGUCAGACGCGGCUGUCCUUAAUCCGUCGGUGCCAGUGUCCCAACUGCAAAAGAGGGUCAUCGAGCUGCGACAGUUCACUCAGCAGCUACAGAAUGUUCACCCCAACGUUCUUGCAAAGCACCUUCACAGAGGUCUGAUCCUCCCACAUCCAGAGCUCGCCGUCGUUAAUAAACCCUAUGGAGUUUCUGUUCAAGAUGGAUCAAGCAACAAAAACAACAUCUCAGAAGUGCUUCCAAUCCUUGCCAAGAUGAUGGAUGGAAUAAGGGCUGGGUCUCAGCUGCACGUCUGCCUUGGAUUAGACAAGGAGACGACAGGGACCCUCCUGCUGGCAAGGACUGAGGAAGCACUGGACUAUGUACAAAAUCUUCACAAAAACCACCAAGUGGAGAGGAAAUAUUGGGUUGUUGCUGUGGGUGUGCCUGUUCCCUCUGAGGGAGUGAUUGACAUUCCCGUCAUAGAGAGAGAGGUCACAGGGGCUCAGCCUCACUUCAAGAUGGGCCUGAGUCCUGUGUAUAGGGUGAGUGACGGGGGCGAGGGAGUGACCAAAGUGCGGGCCAAUCGGCAGGCCCAGGGUGCCGUGACUCAGUACCGUGUCCUGGACAGCAGCAACGGCUGCAGCCUGGUAGAGCUCCAGCCUAUCACAGGGGUGAAGCACCAGUUGAGGGUCCAUAUGGCAUACGCUCUAAGAUCUCCUAUCCUCGGAGACCACAAAUACUCCCACUGGACCAAACUGGCACCUCAGAAACUGCCAGAUGGUGUGUUGCGGAGGCUGGGACUGGAACAGAGCAAGGCGCGUUAUCUGCCUCUCCACCUGCAUGCCCGUCAGCUGACACUGCCAGAGUUCAAAGGUCAGAGUGACAUUACGGUGUCUUGCCCCCUGCCAAAGUAUUUCACCAGCACUUUGCGACGACUGCAGAUCCCGAUUCCAGAUGAAUGAUGCUUCAGCAGUUCCUGUGCUGUGCAGACAGGAUACAGAAGACUUGCUUCUUGCUUCAGAAAUAUGGAGCAGCAUCACUUCAAGUGACCCUUGGCCUAAUGGUUUAAGUUUGUACCUGGACUGGGAAUUAACUGUGGCAAAUAAAAUACAUGAAACCAGCAUUUUCCUAAUUUCACAUGCUAGGACCCUAUCACAACAGAUCAUCAGGUCUAUUUUAAGAACAGGGCCAUUUCUUCAUAACGCGGAGAGCAUCUAUGCAGAUUUGUUUGAACAGUAAAUUAAUUUGUAACUUUCAUACAGACCUGUAAAAUGGUGAACUGAUGAAUAGUGGUAUUCAUUGAAAUAUCAGUGCAAACUCUACCCACCUGAGACAAAUUGCACAGUGCCAGUUCUGGCAAGUGACAUCACUUCACGGUGUACAUUGACAAAACCAGAUCCUACAUUUGUCCCUUGUAUGUUAUUUUGUGGACUUUUUUCUACCAGAGGAUCUCGUAUGAGAGAAAAUAAGGGGUACAGAUCUCACCACUACUUCAAAUCACUAAUUAGUAGCCUGGUUUAUUACCAUUACAUCCCAGUCAUGUGUGAAUACUGCAACAUAACCUACUGUAUUGUGAACUGUUCAACAUCGGAGCUAAGGCUUGACAUACUUAAUGCAUCUCAAAUCACUCACAGUACAAAAGGCAUAUUUGAAAACACAGGCUUUCUUUAGCCUCCAACACCACCGUAAUAUCAAUACAUACAGGAGAUCAUAAAUGCCUAUAUAUAUAUAUAUUUUUUUUUAAAGUGAGCAGAGGUCCUAUUAAAUGUCUGUAGGUUAUCCUGCCAUGUCUGGGACCUGAGAGCUUGGAGGAAAGAGGUCCGUGUGGUAAAAGAGGUACAUGUCCAUAUAUGUGUAUACUAUAUUUAAGACUGGAUUAGUCCCAAUAUUUCACCAUCCAUUUCUGCCUACUUCAGUUUUAUUGGGGGGCUGCAGUGGCCUACAAGAGUAGACGAGGAGCUCUGAUUUGCUGCGUUGGUCAAAAUCCAUCGGUCUCGCCAGUCCAGGAAAAAGAAUUAUGGUGAAGUGAGGGGUUUAGGUGAAGUGGUGGGUGACGUGUGGGGAAAAAUAUAUUUAAAAAAAUCGGUCAUUCUGGACUGGGCAUUGAGGGUGACAUAAUUGCCAUUGGAUGAAUAAACACAUGGUUCUGUACUUAAAAAA